AUGUGCGGAUCCGCGGAUCAAGCGGUUGCCACGAUCGCCGAUGUCCCAAUGGGGUAUCAUACCGGAUCGUCACAAUAUGCCUCGGCGGAAUCAGAGAUGGAGUCGGAAGAUUCCGUCGGCAUCCAGCGAAUGUCUCUAGGCCCGAGUGAUGCAACACAUCUACGCGAUCGAGUCGAGUCGGUGAAGCUGAACUCGCGAUCGAAGGCCACAGGCUCUAAAGAGAAGAUGACGACUCCUACGCAAGGACUCCUGCAGACACACCUCGAUGAGGCCAUGAAACGUUUUCGCCAAGAUCAACGGAUACGAGCGUAUCGAGCGAUCUACCCUAACCAAAGAAUCAAGCCUGCUAGACCCCGUGAAAGAUUUACCCCCAUUGUGGAGAUGAAAUAG